AAUAAAUACAGUAUUACUCCUUAAUAAAAACAAUAAUUAAAAUAUACUUAUUCCAUUGUUAAACAUAAUUCGUGAAAUGGUUUACCCGCCGCCCGGACCGUCGCCGCCGCCGUAUUACGGCCCUCCUCAUCACGGCUCUCCGCAUCACGGCCCUCCGCAUCACGGCCCUCCGCAUCACGGCCCUCCGCAUCACGGCCCUCCGCAUCCAUGGGGACCGCAUCACCACUACCCGCCACCACCGCACAUGUAUCCACCCCCACCACACGACGGCGGAUACCCUCCAGGACAAUACCCACCACCACCACAGCCAUAUUAUGUUCCUGGGACUAUGAUGGUGCCCGUUCCCGUACCUCCAGCUCAAGACCCAGCUAACAACGCAACUUAUAUCACUAACUAUAUCUACCACGGUGAAAACCAAGCUUCAAGCUCACUCCCAGCGAUAGUGGAUGAAGUGAGAGUAGUGGAAGAUUCUGGUGAACACGAAUGGAUUGCAACAACAGCGACGAUGGCCAGUCAUCUGACAGGGAGAGCAGUUGUCGGCGGCCACGAAGGUUGGGAUGGGAGCCCUCUAUGGGUCAUCAGGGCAUGGCACGCUGGAGAUCUGAUCCCAGGGAAGCUAUCUAUCCGGCAUUGCGCUGCUACAGUCGUCCAUGAUGGGAAGGAAAUACCGGUGCAGAAUAUUGAAGUGCUGUGCUCGAAGCCUGAAAGUUUAAGAUGGGUGCCUGCGUCUACUGGUAACGUUCCCCCUGGGGCGAUUCCGGGAGGUCGAACGUCGUCUGGAGAGACGUUAUACGUUGGCAGAGCGAGAUACCAGCUCUCUGUGACCCCUGGAAAGGUCCAUCCGAGCCAUAGUUCGUGUUACAUCGGUUUUUCUGGGAAUGAGGUGGCGCAUAAAAUGUAUGACGUGUUGUGUAGAGCUAGCUGAUUGUGAUAUUUGUUAUUGAAGUCUGAUAUAUCUUGUGGAUCGCUUAUCAUUUCUUUGUUCGUUUGAUAAAUAAAGUUAAGUACUGAUAAUGU